AUGAAAAUCCUGGACGACAUCAGGGCCAUGGCCCUGCCCACGCAGGUGUGUGGCCUGCUGCCCUUCUUCAGCGGCGAGAAUGAGGAUAACUUUCGGCUGGGCAGAUGGGGCCGGUGGUACGGCCGGGGGGUGGCCGCCCUGCUGCUGGUCAGCUCGGCGCUGCUGUGCCAGGACGUGCUGUUCGCCUCGCAGGAGUACAGGCUGGUGGCCGGCUCCCUGGGCGACACCGAGGAGAUCAAUCGCACCAUCGAGACGCUCUUCUGCAUCUGCAGCUACACGAUGAUGGUGCUCUCCGGCGUGCACAACGCGUCCAAGCACUGGGGCACGCUGCGGGACGUGGCCAGGAUCGACGAGUACCUGGAGGCGAACGGCUUCAGGGAGAGCUACAGCUGCCGCCUGCCGGGGGCCCUGGUGGCCGCGACCUCGACGAGCGUGGUGCUGGUGGCCUUCUACUACGUGCACAUCCUGAGCGGCAUCGGGGCCAGGCGGCAGUGCGUCCUGAUGCUGGUCUACAGCCUGCAGAUGCUCUACUCGGGCGUGUUCGCCGUCUACCUUCGCACCGUCCUCAAGAGCCUGGCCCUGCGCAUCGAGUUCCUCAACCGGCGGCUGGACGCGUUCACGCGCCAGGAGGGCCCCGGCGGGCGGAGGAGCGACCGCGAGAACUGGCGCGAGCUGAGCAACCUGAUCGAGGUGUUCUGCAAGCUGCGCUACAUCACGGAGAACAUGAACUCGGUGGCCGGCGUGGGGCUGCUGUUCUUCUUCGGCUUCGCCUUCUACACGGUCACGAACCAGAGCUACCUGGCCUUCUCCACGCUGACCGCCAGGUCGUCCAGCGAGCACGCGGACUUGGCCGACACCAUGGGCCUGUCCUGCGCCUGGGUCCUGGCCGAGACCGUCACCAUGGCCGUCAUCUGCAGCUCCUGCGACUGCCUGGCCUCGGCGGCCAACACCACCUCCCAGAUCCUGGCCCGCGUCUACGGCAAGAGCAAGGAGUUCCAGAACAUCAUCGACAAGUUCCUCACCAAAAGCAUCAAGCAGGAGGUGCAGUUCACGGCCUACGGCUUCUUCGCCAUCGACAACUCGACGCUCUUCAAGAUCUUCUCGGCCGUCACCACGUAUCUGGUCAUCUUGGUGCAGUUCAAGCAGCUGGAGGACUCCAAGGUGGAGGAGGUUGAGGUGUGAAUCAAUAAAGAAAAUAAGCGAGAGCUGCUUUUUCUGGUGCCAGCUGCUGGGGAAACAAACAUG